UUAUGCGUGGCCGUAAGUUACAGAGCGUCGUUUUCCUCUCCGGUUGUGUGUUGUCCUCGGCAUAAAUCGCUCGCUCCUCUUCCUCUUUAGCAGUCUAGCUCCGCUCCGUCCCCUUCGCCUUCCUUUUCAUGUCCAAAACCCUACUCCCUCUCAUCAAGAAACCACUCAAACCCCCCUCGAAACCCUCCCUCCAUCGCCGAACCCGUAGCCUCGCCGACUACGUCGCCCAAACCCUAAAAACCCGCCACUCCAAUCCCCAUUGGGAGCAAACCCUAGAAGAGACCUUCCCCCACGAUGCGGAGCACCUCGCCCCCGUCAUCUCCCUCCUCCCCGACGCCGAUUGCGCCCUCGCCUUCUUCGACUGGGCUCGACGCCACCGCCCCCUGGAGUGCACUGAAUCCCCCCACCCCCUCGCCUACUCGGCCCUCCUCCGCGUCCUCGCCCGGUCCCGCCGAUUCCCAGAGAUCGAGCUCGCUCUCCGGGCGAUGCGGGACCUCGAAAUCGCCCCGACCGGCGAUGCCUUGAGCGAUCUUGUUGCGGCUUAUUCGGAUUCCGGCAUCGAAGAUAAGGCCUUGGAGGUAUAUAGAGUGAUGCGGGAGCAAGGUGGUUUCUUUCCUGAUGUUUCUGAUUGCAAUUGUUUGCUUAAAUUGCUUGUAAAUCGGGGGCGAUGCGAUAUUGCCCUUAAGGUGUAUGACGAAAUGGUCAAGAGAGAUGGGGGGGCUGAUAACUACAGCACUUGUAUAAUGGUGAGGGGUUUGUGUACAGAGGGGAGGAUGGAGGAGGGAAAGAAGUUGAUUGCGGAUAGAUGGGGAGUCGGGUGCAUCCCCAAUGUCGUGUUCUAUAAUACCCUAAUCGAUGGGUACUUUAGGCAUGGGCAUAUCAAGGAAGGAUACAGGAUAUUUAGAGAGAUGCAGUUGAAGGGGUUCUUGCCCACGUUGGUGUCUUAUGGUAUCGUAAUCAAUGGGCUUUGCAAGAAGGGGAGAUUAGCGGAGAUCAGCCGGUUGCUUUCAGAGAUGAAGGCACGAGGGGUGCGCCCAAAUGUGCAGAUAUACAAUAAUUUAAUUGAUUUUCAGUGUAAAUAUGGUUCAGUUGUUCAAGCAAAAGCUGUUCUUCGGAAAAUGAUAGCGGAUGGCUGCGAACCGGAUGUUAUCACAUUUAAUGUUUUGAUUUCUGGUUUUUGUCGAGAAGGAAAGGUUCGCGAGGCUGAGCGGCUUUUGAGGGAGGCAAUUGGCAGGGGAUUGGGACCUAACGAGUGCAGCUAUACUCCUCUGAUCCAUGCUUAUUGUCAGAUAGGAGAGGUGGCUGUCGCACUGACUUUACUUGUUGAAAUGAUGGACAAAGGGAAAAAGCCGGACUUGGUAACAUUUGGGGCUUUAAUUCAUGGGCUUGUUGUUGUGGGGGAGGUAAAGGAGGCUUUGGCAGUCAAAGAGAAGAUGAUAGAGCGCAAUGUGAAUCCAGAUUGCGAAAUAUAUAAUGUUUUAAUAAGUGGCCUUUGCAAGAAAGGAAUGCUUCCCUAUGCUAAGAAGCUUCUAGCAGAGAUGCUUGAUCAAAAUGUCAUGCCAGAUGAGUUUGUCUAUGCCACAUUGAUUGAUGGGUUCAUCAGGAAUGAGAAUCUUAGCGAGGCGAAGAAGAUUUUCGAGUUCAUGGGGAAAAAAGGGAUCAGGCAUGGGGUUGUUGGCUACAAUACUAUGAUCAAAGGUUACUGUAAGUUUGGAAUGAUGAAUGAUGCAAUUUUAACCAUGAAUAAUAUGAGAUGGGAUGGAUUUUUCCCUGAUGAGUGUACAUAUACCACAGUAAUUGAUGGUUAUGCUAAACAAAGUAACAUAGAUGGGGCUUUAAGGGUAUUAGGUGAUAUGACAAAAAGGAGAUGCCAGCCAAAUGUUGUAACAUACUCGGCCUUAAUCAACAGUUAUUGUCAGAAAGGUGAUACUGAAACAGCUGAAGGGCUUUUUAAGGAUAUGCAUAUUCAGGGCCUUUCUCCUAAUGUCGUUACGUACACCAUCCUCAUUGGCAGCUUUUUGAAAAGUAGUCUAGUAGUUAAAGCUGGCGCAUUCUUUGAAAAUAUGUUGCUUAAUAAGUGUUGUCCUAAUGAUGUUACAUUUCACUAUUUAAUCAAUGGUCUCACUAAUAAUAUUGCUUGUUUUACAUCCAUACCUGGUCAAAACCUUAAAAAGCACUCUGAGCUUGGAAUUCUAGAUAUUUAUAGAAACCUGAUAACUGAUGGAUUUGAUCAUAAGACUGCAGCAUAUGAUGUUAUUAUAUUUUGUCUUUGUAAGUAUAAAAUGCUUAGAAAGGCAUUAGAGUUGAGAGAGAAGAUGAUUAAGAAAGGCUGUUUGCCUGAUUCCGUCACAUUUCUUUCGCUGCUGUAUGGAAUCUGUGUAGAAGGAAACUCAGAAGAAUGGAACGGUAUCCUUUCUUUUCAAUUUCAACCAAAUGAACUUGAGAUAGUUUUUAGAUACAAAAGUUUGUUGGAUCAGCACAUAUCUCAAUCAGUGAGUUCUGAGGCCUCUCGGGUUUUGCAGUCAUUGCUUGAGGAGAGUAUGCUUUCAUGAGUACCGGCAUGUGGAUGUGCUAGUUUUUGACUUUCGGUUGCUGAAAUCAUUUCUUGAGGUAAGAGUUGACUUGCCUUGAGGUUUAACAAUGGUGAAGGAGAAGAUUCCCAUGGUUUAUGCUUGAUUUGGAAAAAUUUGAAUUACAUCUUCCUCUGGGAAGUUGUGGCUACUUAGCUGCUGUAACUCAUUUCUUUUUCUAUCACAAAAAUAGGCAUAUUUGAGAAGGCUUGUAAAACUUGUAUAAAUCUCUCUGGAAGGUCAAUUGUCUCCUUAACAGAGGAGAUAUCAAUGUCUGAGCUUCUCCAGUAAAGGGAGGCUCACAAAAUGAACAAAGUGUGGCGCCUGAAAUAUGGAAAGAAAUAAACUUGGAGACACUAAGAGUGAUGAAAGUUCAUGUCACGAUAAGGAAUUUAUGUCAUUCAGUAUUUGAUUGACUAAAAUCAACUGAGCCCUACUUGUCUGAUAUGACAUAUGAACAUGAUGAGACAUAGCAAAUGGUGAUUGCCGAUAUUUCUCAAGUCUAAAAUAUUGUCUACCCCAUGCUGUAUAUGCCAAACAGUGACAUGUUCUAGUAAGGAGUUUGCUUGUGUAAGAGAAACUUCCAACUGGUGUAAGAUGGAAACCAUGCAGCAGUGGCUUAGUUUUAUGAUGAUCCUAUAGGCAACUAUUGGAGGCAUCUCUUGCAGCUUUUGACUUGUGGAUCAGCAUUUCUCACCUUAACAAUUACUAGUAGGCUCCCUUCCCGCCUACGCCACCAAACAUGUGCACAUGCUUGCCUACAAAUUACAUGCUUGACAAUUGGACCUUAUCUGCUUGUAGACAAGCAAGCUUCGGUUACUAUCUAAUACCUCUUCUCUAUCUUGGGGGGGAACAACGAGGGGGUCUCGCUGAGCACUAGCAGAAACUUCAUACCAGCAGAAGCUUCGGUAUGAAGUUUGUACUCUUUUGUUUUGGGAAGCUAUUGGUAGAUUCCUCAUGUUUCGAGGGCUUUACACAGUAUAGCAGGUACUUCACAGUAUCUUUCACUGAUGGUUGUUCGUAUCCAGAUUUUUUCGCAGUAUCUUUCACUGAUGGUUGUUUGUAUCAAGAUUUUUUUGGGUUCAUAGCUAAAGGACAAACCUUGCCCUAUUUCCAGUGUC